GCAGCCUAGAGCAAGAGGGACUACGCCUGCUGGAGCAACAUGAAGAUACAUAUUUGGCUCCAGAAUACCUCGUACUGUGCUCAAAACAUGCAGGAUGAUUUACUGAUGGACAAAAGCAAAGCUCAGCCUCACCAGCACCAAGAGCCGUCAAAUACAGAGCCUCCAUCCACCCCGACCCCCUCCGAGCCUCCGGUCCUGGACGAGCAGAACCACGUCGGUCACAACGAGCGGAUCGCCAUGGAGUCUCCGGUGUUACCGGGUUUGGGUUUCUCUCAGGAUUCCUCUCUGUCGCCGUCGUUCGGCAGCACUUGGUCCACCAACGCCGUAGACGAAGGCUUUUUCCAAGGGAUUCCGUCGGUAAACGGGACGAUGCUUUUUCAAAACUUUCCCCAUCACGUUAACCCGGUGUUCGGAGGUAAUUUUUCCCCGCAGAUGAGAAGGUCUCCGCUGAGUGUGAACCAGAGGAACCCCUACAGCCACCAGACGCUCAUCAAUAAAGUGUCCGCGUCGUCCGCUUCUUCGUCCGCCUGGAAUAACCAUCAGAACGCGGUGUGGAGCUCCGCGGCGAACCCCUGGAGCGGCAGAGACCCGCGGAGAGCGCUCGGGCUCGGCGUCCCGUCUCCGCUCAACCCCAUCUCCCCGACGAAGAAGCCCUUCCCGAGCAAUGUCAUCGCGCCCCCGAAAUACCAGAGACCAGGAGCCCUGCAGAAACCCUGGAUGAUCUCAGAGCCUCCGGAGCCCUUCAGAACCGACAACAGCAACAACAUGCUGCCAUUUCAGGAAAGGAAUCGCCCCUUUGACCCAUUCAACUUGCACACUUUGGAGAAUUCCUUAAUGGACAUGAUUGGGACAAACCAUGACAAAGGUAAACAUCACCCUGCUGCUGGCCCACCAAUGACUAUCGCUGAUAUUAUAUGGAGGAAUCAUUUUGCAGGUCGCAUGGGUCUCAACUUUCACCAUCCAGUAGCUGAACAUAUAUUACCACUGAACU